GCUUUUCGCUGGUCAGUCUUUCUCGCCAUCCCAUCGUCUUAUAUCGUCGCUGUGCUGCCCGCUAGGAGCAGGCCCUUCUGCUACUUCCAUAAAUCGGAACGAUAAUCAGCAAUGGCCUUAAGCCGUAUCUACUCAACCAAGCUGGCCUGUGCCACUAACAAGAAUGUCCUGCCAGCGAUCGCUACGUUCGUGCGCAACGCAUCCGACAGCACAGACCUGAAGGGUGUCCUGGUGGAGAAGAUCCCGAAGGAGCAGGAGCGCAUCAAGAACUUCCGCAAACAGCAUGGCGCGACGAAAGUCGGCGAAGUCACCGUCGACAUGAUGUACGGUGGUAUGCGUGGCAUCAAGGGUUUGGUGUGCGAAACGUCCGUUCUUGACCCCGACGAGGGUAUUCGCUUCCGCGGUCUGUCGAUUCCCGAGUGUCAACAGGUGCUCCCGAAGGCUCCAGGUGGUCAGGAACCACUGCCGGAGGGUCUGUUCUGGUUGUUGAUUACCGGCGAUGUGCCGUCGAAGGCCCAGGUUGAUGCGUUGUCGCGCGAGUGGGCCAACCGGGCCGCGCUACCGUCGCACGUGGUGACGAUGCUGAACAACAUGCCGACGACGCUGCACCCGAUGUCGCAGCUGAGCUGCGCCGUGACGGCCCUGAACCACGAGAGCAAGUUCGCCAAGGCGUACUCGGAAGGCGUGCACAAGAGCAAGUACUGGGAGUACGUGUACGAGGACAGCAUGGAUCUGAUCGCCAAGCUGCCCGUCAUUGCGGCCACCAUCUACCGCAACACGUACCGCGACGGCAAGGGCAUCGGGGCGAUCGACCCGAAGAAGGAUUGGUCGGCCAACUUCACCAAGAUGCUCGGUUACGAGGACGAGAAGUUCACCGAGCUGAUGCGCCUGUACCUGACCAUCCACAGUGACCACGAGGGUGGCAACGUGUCGGCCCACACCGUCCAUCUGGUUGGGUCGGCCCUCAGCGACCCGUACCUGUCGUUUGCGGCCGGUAUGAACGGUCUGGCCGGCCCGCUCCACGGUCUCGCCAACCAGGAGGUGCUGGUGUGGCUGCAGAAGCUACGCAAGGAGCUGGGCGACAACGCGAGCGAGGACAAGGUGAAGGAGUUCAUCUGGAAGACGCUCAAGUCGGGCCAGGUGGUGCCCGGUUACGGUCACGCCGUACUGCGCAAGACUGACCCGCGCUACACUUGCCAGCGCGAGUUUGCACUUAAGCACCUGCCCAACGACCCGCUGUUCGGACUCGUUUCGAACAUCUACAAGGUCGUCCCGCCAAUUCUCACCGAACUGGGCAAGGUGAAGAACCCGUGGCCGAACGUAGACGCUCACUCGGGCGUGCUGCUGCAGUACUACGGGCUGAAGGAGAUGAACUACUACACCGUGCUGUUCGGCGUAUCCCGCGCCCUGGGCGUGCUGGCCUCGCUCGUGUGGGACCGCGCUCUUGGUCUGCCCAUCGAGCGCCCCAAAUCGAUGUCCACCGACGGACUGAUCAAAGCGACCUCCAAGUAAAUUUACGCCACAUAACUCCACCAAACCACCACCACCCGCGCAUCUGCCCUCAAAACCUUUUUAAACAUAAGUAUCACCGCUAGAGAGAGAGAGAGAGAGAGAGAAACAGACAGGAGUAAUUUAACGAACAAAAUACAAAAACCGAUCGCGCGCGCUACCUUAAAGAAGCGAAGCAAAACCCAAGCAAAAGAAACCAAGCGCCAACAAUUACAACAACGGAUGGUCCACAAGCACAGCACACACAGCAGAACCGAACAACGAACACAACGGAGUCAUACCCUUCUCUCGUGGAGAGAAACCUGCGCAAUGGCCUUCUCGCUGCUCAGUGCGCGAAGAAUACAACCAAAAACUUACCAAACUUUGUGCGAUCGGUGAUGAAGUAGUGACGGAACGCCCGCCCGUAACACCGGGUGGCCUGCCGGAAGGAAGCCGGAGAGGUGAACCCAGGACGACAAAGAAGUAACAUAUGAUAAUAAUAGCCUCUCUCGUAGAGAGCACCAACAGAACAGAACUAGGACAAAGGAGGAACACAAAGCAAGCCAAAAAGGGGUGGGACGGUGGUCAAAAAAAAAUCAAGGACAACAGCAACGCGCACC